UACACUUCAAAAGAUUUUCAUCAGGUGAAAAUACCGCUGGGUCUAACAAUACAACCUGUGUUUAUAUUCCGGUAUUUACAAGUUUAAGGCCAAUUUUUGGAUUAAAUAUCGCGGUUUAUUACAAAGUUUUGACAGAACUGGUAAUUUAACUAUGUCAGGCAAUUUUCUGAUAUACUAAUCAAAGGUUGAGACAGGAUUAUUAUAACCAGGCCGCUUAUAUAGACAACAAUCAUGCUGCUUAUCUCGCGACAAUACUAUUCGGUUCAUUACGGACGCACCCCCGGGGAUGACUAAAUAUGUAACGCAUACAUACUAGUGCAUUAUACUUAUCUAACCAUCCGAUAGAGUGUACAUAUAUAGGUUGGUUCAUUCAUAAUUUUACAUUCUUUGGUGACUCAAGUCAACAGUGGUAUUUGUUUACUGUUCAAUAACGAUUAUAUUGAACAUAAAAAGCGGUCGAUAUCAGUUGUAAUUUCACAACUGUUAGGCAUUAACAAUCUGUUCUAAACCGACAUAAUACCCUUUUAAAGGGAUUUGUGACUUCUAAUGUAAGAAUAGUGGAUACGGUUAGAAAUACACGAGUGACUAUAGAUUUGUUAAAGUUAUAUGGAUUACUGAAGAUAUGAAAAAUAGGUAGGCUAAAGGAAUGUGGAUCAAUGAAAAAGUAAAAGUGAGAUAUUAUAAUUGAAAGGAACCAUUCGAGAUUGGAAAUAUUACACAAAAUGUCGGAUAUUGAUCAAGGUGCAGAUUCCGCAGAAAACGGAAGUUUGUCGUCUGCUACUGGUUCUCAGGCGUCUGGUGAAGUACAGAUUACUGAGGAUUCUAGUUUUAAAAUAGAACCGGAUACGACUGUAGAUGAUGCUAUUAAUAAUCUUGAUGACUUGAAUCUCGAACCAGAUUCGGAUAUACCGGAAAUGACAACUGUUGAUGCAGACGACACUGGUUCCCAUGGUGACGAUUCCGAUGGAAAUAAAGACAGCAAAUCAGGUGCCAAAGCAAAAAGUGUCACAAUUCAUUCUAGUAAAGACGAUGGCAAAAAGCCGCUUACAAAAAGUAGUAAAAAGGCAUCGCUGUUUAAUCGAUUGAAACAAUUAACCAAAUUUGAGAAAAAAGAAAAAGGUUCAAGAGACACUAAUUUAUCGAAAUUCCGUGGAAUUAAGAUUGACAGACUUCCAAUUUAUUUUGUUGCAAAGUACAUUGGACAUAUGGAAACGAAGGGUGUAUAUGGAUUGGAACAUGUACGCGGACCAGUCGAUGAAUUCAUCUCCAAAGUUAAGGAUGAUCUCGUUUCAAUGGACAGAGUUGAGCUUCCUCUGUGUUACGUUGUAUUCUCGUCAAAAGGAAUCGACGUCAGAGAACACCCGUCAAAUAAAGUCAACCAAGGGGUGAACUUUGGACUACAUCCUAUAGAUUUUAUAUCAUAUGGUGUCCAAGAUAUGAAAUAUUGGAGAGUGUUCACUUUUAUUGUUGUUAAUGAACUGGGAUAUAACAAGAAGAAAACCGAAUGUCAUGCAUUCAUUGCCGAUUCUACACAAAAUGCUCGAAAGAUGGCGCUUGCACUUGGUGCCUGUUUUUCUGUGUAUAAAAAGAAACUUAAGGCUGAAGGAAAGGUCCAUAAUUUUCAGGUAGAAUUACGUCCACCUGACGAAUUGGCGGGAGAUCUUCAGCAAGACGUUGACGCCUAACAGACGAUCUUUUUGUUAAAAUUAUUUCUAAAUUUUUCAAAUAGGAUAAAAAAUAAACAUAAUACACUGGCAAUUGUACAUAACAAUCACGAUAGAAAAUAAUCUUGUCAAUGUUAUUUUAAGGAAAUUUGUGUUUGUAAAAGUAGAUCUAAAUACAUUCUAUUAUGUUAAAUAAACACUCCUUAUAUUAAGAAAGAAAGGUCAUACAGGAUGUAUGUUUAUCUGAUAUGAAGCCUAAGAUACUUACACUACUUACAUAAACGCUGUUCUUGAUUUGUUUUUGAUUUGUUCUUGAUUGAUACUUUACAUUAACGAGAUGUCUUUGACGUCAAUUUCUUGCGUUCGGUUAUGUAGCAUAUUGAUAAGACCAAAUACAAAAUAAAUAUUAGUAUUUUUUGUUAUAAUUAGUGUCGAAUUUUUAAAAUGAAUGGGUCAAAGUUUUGUGCCACCGUUUUACAGUUGUAACAGAUGAGAUAUAUAUAUGAGAGUAUAUAUUAAAGAUUUAUGUUAAGAGUUAUUUUCUCCUUCCGAAAAGAAAACUUGCUUUUAUUUUUCAUUACUUGUUACUACUUAUGUAAAUAAGUUCACCUAAUACCCUGCCUGUAAACUGGUUAACGCUUUUGAUGUUUCACUAGCCAAACAGAAAAAGAUAAAAGUUAUAAGUUUUGAUAAAAUGAAUGUUAUAUUUUGAAACCCAGGUGUUAAAUGUAUCAACAUUUAUGCAUAACAAAUGAAAUGAAAAUAAAGUACGACGAUUAUACAUAGAAUGAUUUAAGUUUUCUUGUAAGGGUUAAAGUAAAAGCUCAACUUAUUUAGCACCAAUUAUCAUUCAAAAAUAGUUUUGGAACAAUAUAUAGAGGGUAUUAAAUAAGUGUUGGUGCAAUACUAAAUUUAUUGAAAGAGUUCAAUCAAAUUAUAUUAUACGAGCAAAAUUUUUUUUUUCAACGAGUUCAUUAAAUUCAUUAAUGAACCUACAUGAAUAUAAAAUUCUAUGUAUCACAGACCCAAAAUAAAGACUGUUUAAAGUGAGAAAGAGUCAUUUUUCAUUGACCACCUAUAGUUUAAACGCAUCAUUUAGCGCGUCUUUAUAACACAAAUGACGUCACGUCAAAAUAUAUGCACGGCCGUGCAAUAUCAUUUUUACGGAGACGCAAAAUCGGCGAGGGUAUGUGAUAAAAUGGAUAAAAACACGAAAAUUUUAAUUAUUGCAGGCGUUUGAAAGAUUACAAAAAUAAUGUUUUCAUUCACAGUAUUAUAUAAUAACCUCAUAUAGAAUCUGGUCUAUAGCGAAUUUAUUAUUAUUAUGAUAUGUUUUAGUAUUCGGAAUUAUUUUGACAACAUUACAGCAUAUUUUGUUGUACUUUGUAUAUAUGUAUUUUUGUCAUUUUACGAUUACAUGUACAUGUAUUUAUCAACGAUAGAAGGGCUUUAUUGUUUGUAAUUUUGUGUUAUUUUAAUUACUGCAUUUUUGUUAUAAACUAGAAAUAAAGGACCAGUAAAAGAUUGAAAAUAAUUGUCAUGUAUAUAAAAUAUACUGUCUUUCAUUAAAAUGUAUGUAUAUUUAAACAGAAAUUAACUCGUUUAUUAAUAUGCUUGUAAUACAAUUAUGCUGUUGAAACUGCCGCCAUUCUUAAAGUUGUGACAAUAUUUGCAUUAAGGUCACUUAUAUUAAUUAAAUUUGCCAUGCAUUUGAACUUGCCAGUUCAUUGUUUAUGUUAUCUCAGGUCGAUAGCAGAGAAAGACAGUAGCUUCUAAAUUUAAUGAAACAGACCGAAAAAACAUGUUUAUGAUUUUUUUAACACUAGUUUUGUUUGUUUGCUUUUUUAUGAAUAUAGUCAAUUGUUUGUAGAACAUUCUAAUCGUCCGGAUUUCUGAAAAUUCCGGUUUUCAGAAGAUUCUGGCUUUCAGAGGGCCCAGUUUUAAAAGUUUUCAAGGUAUUUGAUAAAAAAACAGCGUGUUUUAUGUACUACUAUUUGAGAUCUUUAAUUGAUAUAUUUUGGAAUGUGUACGUGUGUUCAACGGAUUGUGAAAAGAGAAAUAAAAGUAUGACAUAACUAAUAAAAGUUACUAUAUAAGAUA